CCUUCAUUCCUGCAUAUUUUUACUCUACCGUGACCAAUGUGUAUUAAAUUUUACAACCCUGCAAUAGAAAAUUCAUGGUUUUCUAUGCUGCUGCAACGCCACCAAGGGGAUCAUGAAGGCCCUGACAUCAGAUUUUCGCAGCUACCCCGAAGAAGACACACAAGUCAAGGUAGACAUGCACGCAGGCGCCCUGGGCAAAUUUACGCAUAGUAAAAAGCUUAUUGAAUGAGCGGGAAACAGUGGGUAUCGCCGGCUCCUUGACGCGGCCGUGAUGAUGGAUCAUGAUCCUCGUCAUCGUCCGUCCAUCUGAUUUACGGAUGAGAUACAAAUAGGAAAUGUGCAGAGAAAAGGGUGUGCAUGUUUAGGCUUUGGCUUGAACCAGUACCUAAGUACCUACAUACAUACACAUUUACACACUAUGGAUGUAUGUAAGGUAGGUCUAUGUCUUACACCACAAAAGGACCACUUACCCACGACGUCGAUUGAAGCGAACAGGAGCGAAAUUUUUCCGACAAAUCGGGGCUUGGGUUAUUCCACUAGAGGGAAAGGAAGAUUAAUGACUCGCAUGUACAAGGAGAUAGAAGUUAAGUGGAGUGGAGUGAAGGGGGUUAGGGUCACGAGUUGGGGGAUGCACGGGCAGACAAAGAUGGGAAAGCUGGGGAAGGAGAUGGCGGCGCAUGGUGACUGGGCAAAAUUGCUGGGCGCCGAAGGCGAACUGCGACAGUAAUAUGGACUUUCGGCCCGUAGCGAACGUGGCUGACC